AUGUCGCAGAGACCUGAUUUAGCCCCGUUUGGAUGGCUCCUAGCUUCCGUAAUGUACUUUGUACAAUCGUGGGUUCUUAUGAAGUUUUUGCUGGAGCACACUGGCAACAGUUUAUAUUAUUGGACUGCUAUCGGAUUGUGCCUACUACUCGGCUUUGUAGUGCUUGCCGUUGCAUGUGACCUCAAAGGAUGUGCAAGAAAAGACGAAGAGGUGUCCAAAGUCUGGGCCAUUUGGCUUACAUACAUUUUUAUAUUCACGAUUUCAGUUGCCUUAAUAUUUUCACAAGUGGCCGAAAAAUUGGAACAGUCACAUUGGCUUAGUCCUAACGUCCUAAAAAGCGUCUUAUGCAUAACUCCUGCCUUAUUAGUCCUUGUACCACAACUUACGAUUAGCCGAUCUCACCGAAAGUCCGUACUUUCUCUAUCCGUGUUUGCCGCGUUGAAUAUAUUUGAUGGGAUCGAGAUGCUAGAAAUUGUCCUGAUGCAAAACGAAAGGAAAGAUUUUAAUCUGGGCGACAAUCUUGAAAUAGCGAUCAUUGUGCUUGUAUGUUUAAGUUUUAUAGUUACUUCGGUCGGCUUAACACGGAAUAAAUUUGUUAGUAGAGGCAAAAUAGUACUAAGAGAUGACGAACACGCUGUUUGCUGUACCUUGCUGGAAAUUUUAUUCACCAACUUGUCAUUUCUGGUCCUGCGAAUUAUCGUGUGGGUUGAUUGUGGAUACGAAGCGUCGAUAUUUAUCGCGAAGAAUUUAAUAUCUUUGGGAAUUGGUGUGGUCGAGUUUGGCAUAGUCGGAAACUGUUGA